GAACGGAAGGUUAUGGAAGUUUUUCGAUUUUUCACCCUAGUUUUUCACGUAUGUUUUCACUACCCACUAACAAUCUUGGAUGUAAUUGAAUAUGUUUUAAAAGAAAUUUGGUAUGAGACACGAAUCGCCAACUAUCUCUUCUUGAAAUAUCAACAUCAUAGAUGGGAUUCGGAUCGAUAAUAAUGUUACUGACAAUACGUCUCACCGUCGGCAUGUUUCAACAGGCUAUACCGGUACUAAAGAACACGACUAUGGAUUAAUAUUCAGAACCAUUCCAUAACCUAAAAAAUAAACUUGAUAAACUGUGAUUUGUAAUCUGUCAACACGGUCUAGACAGAACGUAUUUAUAUCUGGAAUUUCGCGAGAAAACAACUUUCAACAGAUGUGAUUGGCAGAUCUUUAUUAACCUGGUUACCGAAUAUAAAAAUCUAUCAUGGAUUCAUACAUAAUGCAGCUUCGGCGCGCUUGGUUGAAUCAGGACGGUGACGUUCUGGCUGAUCUGCUGUCGCUUAGUCAUAAUCAUGCGACAAAUCCUCAACUUGGAAGCGAUGCUGCAAUGACAAAAGCAAUGGAACACUUAUCAGCACCCUUUGACGACCUGGUUUUACACCAUAUAAAGGUCAUAUCAUCAUUAAAUAAAGACGAUGCAUUAACGUCGUAUGCUCAUCAGAGUGCAGCUAUUCAGUCACUGGCAAAGAUACUCCAGUUACAAAAAGACGAGAAUUGGAUGUUGCCAGUAAUGAAUUCCAUGUGCUUAGAUCUCAGGCGUCUAGCCCUUAAAGCUGAAGCAUCCAAGUUUGGUAAAAAUCAAAAGUCCGGUGAGGUGCUUGAAAAAUGUGCUGAGUGCCUAAUGAGCUGUUUUCGAGUUUGUGCAGCUGACAACAGGAACUCUGAAGAUGACACGAAAAGAUGGGGAAUGCUCGCAUUGGUUAACCAGCUGUGGAAGGUCUAUUUUCGCAUAAACAAACUUGAUUUAUGCAAACCUCUAAUCAGGAUCAUUGAAUCGUCCGGUCUUAAGGAUCAGUUCGCGCUCGCGCAAAAAAUUACGUAUAAAUUUUUCAUGGGACGCAAAGCCAUUUUCGAUAGCGAUUACACAGCUGCGGACGAAUAUCUGACCUACGCUUUUGUCCGUUGCCACAAAGAAUCAACAAAGAACAAACGUUUAAUUCUGACGUAUUUAGUUCCCGUCAAAAUGCUGCUGGGCUAUAUGCCAAAAAAAUCAUUGUUAGAAAAGUACAAUCUAUUGGAAUUUUGGGAGUUGGUCGAAGCUGUUAAACGAGGAAACCUACGCAGCUUGGAGGAAGUGAUGAACAAACAUGAGAUCUUCUUUAUUAGUGCUGGGAUUUACUUAAUAGUUGAAAAGUUGAAGCUCAUUACGUAUAGAAAUUUGUUCAAAAAGGUUUAUCUCGUUUUAAAAACCCAUCUAAUACCCGUAGCCAGUCUUUUGGCUGCUCUUGAAAUGCACGGUGUUGACGAUGUAGAUAUGGACGAAACGGAAUGCCUUGUAGCCAAUUUAAUUUACGAGGGUAAAAUCAAGGGUUACAUUUCUCAUCAGCACAAAAAAUUGGUCAUUUCAAAACAAAAUCCGUUCCCGCAACUGUCAUCGUUGAAUUCAAAUUGAAUAAAAAUGCGAUAAUCAAAUUCUGUGAAUUUUGAAGUGGAAUAUGAUACUAUAAUUAAUAUCGUUAAGGAAACCGCUGUUGUGUGUACAUACCUUUUAUACGAAACCCGUAAUUGUAGGUAUGAAUUAAAUAUUCUUGUUAUACAA